CUGGCCGGGCUGGCGAUAACAUAUGGCAGGAGUAUAUAUAUUCGCGACGGACCCUCUCCACGUGUCAGUUGCCCACGAUCCGCGUUCCCAGACAAGAUGAGCUACCGAGUCCAGCCGAGCGGCUUCGCCACCAAGUCCAUCCACUCGGGCCAGAGUCCCGAGCAGUGGAAGAGUGCCUCGGUGAUUCCGCAGAUAUCGCUGAGCACCACCUUCAAGCAGGAUGCUCCGGGCGAGCACAGGGGCUACGAGUACUCGCGCAGCGGAAAUCCCACCAGGAACGUGCUGGAGACCUGCUUCGCUGCCCUGGACAAUGCCAAGUACGGCCUGACCUUCUCGUCGGGACUGGGAGCCACCACCGCUGUGCUCACCAUGCUGAGCAGCGGCGAUCACAUCAUCAUGGGCGAUGAUGUCUAUGGGGGAACCAACCGCCUGAUCCGUCAGGUGGCCACCCGCCUGGGAAUCACCGCCACCUUUGUGGAUCCCACGAAUUUGGAGCUCAUCAAGGCUUCCAUCAAGCCGGAGACCAAGCUGGUGUGGAUCGAGUCGCCCACGAAUCCUUUGAUCAAGGUGGCCGACAUCGAGGCCAUUGCCCAGCUCGUCCACGGAGUCCGCGCGGAUCUGAUCCUGGCCGUGGACAACACCUUCCUGACCUCCUACUUCCAGCGACCCCUGGAACUGGGCGCCGAUCUGGUCUGUUACUCAUUGACAAAAUAUAUGAAUGGCCACACUGAUGUAGUUAUGGGCGGCGUUACCAUGAACUCCGAGAAGCUCUACAACAGCUUGAAGUUCCUACAGAACGCGGUGGGCAUUGUUCCCUCGCCCUUCGAUUGCUACCAGGUGAACAGGAGUCUGAAGACCCUGUCGCUGCGCAUGGAGCAGCACCAGAAGAACUCGCUGAAGAUCGCCAAGUACCUGGAGGGCCACCAGUUCGUGGAGAAGGUCCUGCAUCCCUCGCUGCCCUCGCAUCCGCAGCACCAGAUCGCUCUGAAGCAGACCUACGGCUACAGCGGCGUCUUCUCCUUCUACAUCAAGGGUGAGCUGAAGCACUCGUCCGCCUUCCUGAAGGCCCUCAAGCUCUUCACUUUGGCCGAGAGUCUGGGUGGCUACGAGAGUCUGGCGGAGCUGCCAUCCGUGAUGACCCAUGCCUCGGUUCCGGCGGAGGACAGGAAGACUCUGGGCAUCACCGACGGCCUUGUCCGCCUGUCUGUUGGUCUGGAGGAUGCCGAGGAUCUGAUCAAGGAUCUGGAGCAGGCCCUCGAGGUCGCCUCAAAGGCCUAAUGUAUUUUCUCAGGAUCAUGGAAUUUGUAUAUUAACCCGCCCAAUAAAAGUGUAUUGUCUCAA